UGACAGUUGUGAGGUUCAGCAGCGUGGAGUAGUUCAACCUGCAGCUCAAACAGUGUACUUUUGAACUAUAGUCUCGAGAAACCACUCGUACCAGGGAAAGUCAACAGGCUUUAUUCAAGACUUUUAGUUUAUAGCUUCUCGUGGCGAGUUAGAGAUUUUACUUCCUACCUGUGAAGGAGCUGUCCUUUUUUAUUCGUCUAGCCAGUGCGGCUUCCUCCGGUACUGUGAGCAAGCUGGAUUCCCGCAGCUCCUCACCAUGUCUGGCGGGUUAUAGAUAUUCCAUGGAGCAACCAAACCUCUAUGAGGUCGCCCCACGAUCCAUAAUGACCAGCCAAGUCCAGAGUCAGAGUCAGCAAAGCGCCUACUGCUACAAAGAGCCCUCCGCUGCUGGACCCGUCGCCGGAGCAGGAGGAGACCUCGGCGAGAUGUGUGAGAACGAGAACUCCAUUGACAUCAGCGCCUACAUUGACCCCGCAGCGUUCAACGACGAGUUCCUGGCUGAUCUAUUCCACAACAGCUCGAAGCAAGAGAAACUCAAGCUGGCGAACAGUGAGUACGAAUCCUACCCCCACGGGGUGAGCUCUGGCCCGGGGCCGCACCACCAACAGCACCAGCAGCAGCAGCACCAGCAGCAGCAGCAGGGCUAUGGUUGUAUGCCCGGGUAUAUGGACACAUCUAAACUUGAACCCAUUUACGACACCCAGUCGACGAGAAUCAGACCUGUGGCGAUAAAGCAAGAGCCCAGAGAAGAAGACGAAAUGAGCCAUUCUCUGCCCCCCACCUACCACCAUUCCCACCAGCAUCUCCCACAGCACCUAUCCCAUCUCCAGUACCAGAUUGCGCACUGCGCUCAGACAACCAUGCAUCUCCAACCGGGACAYCCGACGCCUCCACCGACUCCCGUUCCGAGCCCACACCACAGGGAUGGCAGCAUGUCCUCCGUUGGAUCCAUGAAGAUGAUGGGACGCGACGAACGAGACCGGGACCGAGACCGGGGUAAAUCCAAAAAGCGUGUCGACAAGGCCAGCACGGAGUACCGGUUGAGGCGUGAGAGGAACAACGUCGCGGUGAGGAAGAGUAGAGACAAGGCGAAAAUGCGCAAUGUAGAGACGCAGCAUAAAGUGGUAGAGCUGGCGUCGGACAACGAAAGACUACGGAAGAGAGUGGAACAUCUUACCCGCGAACUGGACACAUUAAGGGGCAUCUUCAGACAACUUCCCGAUGGAUCUUUCAAACCCAUGGCCAACUGCCAGUGAUCACGGACUAUAGUGUUUUUUUUACAUUAUGACUUUUAAACACGUACUUGUACACGUCUCCCGGGUAUAGCCUACCGCGCUAUAGAUUCAUCUGACAGAUUGUGACUGCAACAGUUUGUUUCUUUAAGGAGAGACAGGGCAGCUGAGGUAUUCAUGCCUACUGUACUUAAACAUUAAGGAGAGACAGGGCAGCUGAGGUACACAUGCCUUCUGUACUUAAACAUUAAGGAGAGACAGGGCAGCUGAGGUACACAUGCCUUCUGUACUUAAACAUUAAGCUCAUUUCUCCACGUUUGAACAGUGGACCUGUGUUUUUGUGUGUGUGUGUGUGUGUGUGCCUUUUAUUAUAUAACAUUGUGUGUUUAGCCACGCAACAACCACAUAUCAGUGCAGCUGAAGGCGCAAAGGCACAAUCAUCACGAGCCUGCUCGAUGUUCAUGUUUUAACGUUAACAUCUCAAUACCGUGUUCUUGUCUUACUAAACUAAAACAUUUGUGCAUUUGACUUAUAGAGCUUACAGUAUAUUAUUAAACUGUAAAGUGCACACAGCUUUCCAAAUAAGUKAAWUUUUUUUUGCAWAGCAAAAUAAAAUCUGAGCGGUGAUCAGAAUGUUUCCCAUUUAUUGGUGUUCAGACAGGAAGCCCAUAUAAGGUACAGAGAUAGCAUAUAUAUAUCCUGCUGCUGUCUGCUGUGUUCAGCAUUCACACAUCGGGGAGAUCUAUGGACUGAAUUAAAUGCCACAGCAAACGACUGCAAAUGUGUUCUACUGUGGCACCCGCUUCUUCACGAGCCGUUUUGUUGUGCGCGCUAUAAAUGUCUUCAAAAUACAACCGAAUGAGGCACAUUGUAUUUCUUCCAUACGUUUGGGUACUAAUCUGAACACGCCUCUCAGUGUAAAUAAAACUCUUUAUAAACUCAAAGUAUAGCUUUGUAUUUAUGUAUUAUUGAUUAAAAAAAAUAAAAUGUGAAAA